AGUUGUCUAGUGAACACCUCUAAGGACCGUCAGAAGAGCCACUGUAAAAUCUAUCCAAUGGCCGACACGGACAGCAUCAACUGCAGGUAUUUUGUUUCACCUGUCUUCGUCUUCAUCGGUGCGGCGCUGAUCACCAUCGGCGUCGUCACCAACCACUGGACGACCAGCUCAGCUUUCGACAGCAGCAUCACGUACGGCCUGUGGAAGUUCUGCCGGAACAACGGUCAAUGCGACCCCAUCGAUCCUAGAUUCGUCACCUCCGAGUUGCUGGCCUGUCGAGGUUUUCUUGUGUUCGGUCCAGUGGCCUGCGCCAUCAGCAUCAUCAUGAUACUUGUCUACCCCUGCUUUCCUAGACGGGGCGAUUCUGAAAACAAACUAUUUCCCAUUUUAUCAGCCGGAUUUGGCGUAGUUGCUGGGGUCUCCUGCCUCGCCGGAGUUGCUGUGUGGGCGAGUGUCAAAGACUUCAUCCCCAUCGGGGAUACAAGUCUAGGGUUUUCCUUCAUCCUUGGCGCUAUGUCAGGGUUCAUGCUUUUCUUCGGCAGCCUCGUAGGUUUUGGGAACAUCUUCCGCAAUAGGUGUGGCUUUAGGAGACGUUACACGAUCAUUGUUGAUGAAUUCUAACGUUAGUUCAAUGGACGAUACACUUCCACAAUAGUUGUGGCUAUUGGAGACGUUAUACGAUCAUUGUUGAUGAAUUCUAACGUUAGUUCAAUUGUCAACACACUACCUUAUGAGACUUAGUUAUGUGUGGACUCGCUAUUGUAAGCUGUGUACAAAAUUGAGAGUUGUAAAAAGGUUCACUUAUAGAUUAUAAUGGUGUAGUUAUAUAUUUAUUUAUGCUUUA